AUGGCAUCUGGACAGUCCAGUGAGCUUGCUAAUCUUACCAACAGAUCUAGUAAUAUGAAAGAUAUUUUUGAUGAUAUCGCAUCAUAUUUUAAGAAUAACACAGGUAAGACUAUCGAGCGAAAUGAGGAUCUAUUUGCUAGAGGCGCACAGGAAAUGAAGGAGUUUACUCUUGCUCUGCAAAGUUCUAAGAUUCAGCUGAUGUUUGCCAACGUUACUGAACCUAAGAAUACUGCCAAACAAGCAUACUACAACUCUCGGCAGCAGCACAGCAACAGAUCAUUCCAACGAGGAACAUCUUCUAGGUUGUCAUCCACUGUAGGCAACUCAGCUAAGAAGAAUAUCGGUUUUGCUGACGAUUCUGAUGAAGAGACCAAAUCUAAAUCUACAACUCAACCUGCUACUCCCAUAAAGGAACCGGCCACACCUACUCCGAUGCGUGGUUCCGCCAUUAAGAGUGAAAGGUCUACUGGAUCUCACGUAGGUUUUGCUGAUGAUUCCGAUGAUGAUAUGGUAUCUAAGGUUAAGCAGCCUACCAUCUUUGAGGAGCCUCCAUCUGGCAACAGUGUUCUGAGCGAUGAUGAGGUUAUGGAUCUUUCGUUUGUAUGUGAUUUCAUUAAUGAACAUGAGAAUGACUACGAUGUUGAUGCUUUCACACAGGAGUUCUUGGAUAGUGCCAGAAAGUCUAAGAGGGCUGCGUCAGGUCCUGCUCUUGAGCUCCUCUUAGUUAUCCGCAAGAUGCGAGAGACUAGCGGUCCAGAUAGUAUUCCCACUGCUCUGGGUCUUGACGAGAAUGGUAACGUCGAUACAGUCAGCGACGUUGUACAAUGGAUUUUAAAUCAGAAGAAAAGUUCAUAG